CACCAAGUCUCUUGAACAUAAUUUAUUCACGACGACAUAUCCGGCAAUCCAAACUCGGAAGAGGCGGUUCAUUCUUGAUUGUGACAAUCCACUUGGGAAGAGUCUGGAGCUUUUACCUCGACGACGAGGCCAUCUCCCACCCCCAAACCUCUUCGAAACAAUUUAAUGGUGAAGACGCGUAACACCAGCUCUUGAAACACCCCGUUCAUCAUGGCGUCGAAUCUCGAUGACGAAAUCGAGGAGCUGCAAGCACGAGCUGCCACCCUCAAACGGCAUCUCCGUAUCCACGCCUCAACCCUCAUCACAGCGCCCUCUACACGCCAACUGCUCUCACCAGCACCACUUGACAAACCCACCACUGCCCUCACCCUACCCACCCACAGCAACCAAGAUCAACCCCAAAAAGAAGGUCAAACCCGUCAAGCCCUCCUCACCGACGCUCUCGCACAACAGCAAGCUCACGCCCAACAAUGCCUCUACCGCGCCUGCGCCACCCUCACCACCUUCCGCGCGCGCGACCCCGACCCGCGCGCUGUCGACGGCGGCGCCAUCUUGGGCCUGCGCAUCGAGGUCUUUAGCCGCUCCCGCUUCCUACGGCCUUACUACGUUCUCCUGAACAGGCCUUUUCCGGGCAGCCGGCAUCUCCGAGUGCACAGGCACACCCUGCCGGCAUGUAUUCCCCUGGCGGGUCUCGCGUGGCGGUAUCUGCCUCCUCCGAAACCCUCCAAGGAAGGGGAAGAUGGGGGGAUGGGGAGAGGCAAGAGGAGGCAGGACCUGGCGAGGUUUGCGCGUGCGUUGAGGAGGGAGGUGGUACGAUAUCACCAUCGGCUUGGGGUGGUGGCCGAUCUGAGGAAGGCAGCCGGGAUCGGGAGGGCGGGACAAGGAGAGGAGGGAGACCUCGAGGGCCCGUCGAACAGGUUGGUGGAAAUCGCCCCGGCCGAUGCCGAGGUCAAGCAGCUGACUAUUGAGUGGGCUGACGGGCGUACCGGGAGGUUGGUCAUGGGCGACGACGGGGAGAUUGUCAAACUGGUGGUGCUGGGAGAGAAUGGCUGGGAUCGUGAGGCAGGGAGGGACUUGCUCGGCGGGGCGGUUCGGGUCGAGGAUGUAGCGAAGCGCUUGGCGGCACUUACAUGACCAAGGCCGGCACAAGAUGCUUCGUUCCUGCGCCGCAUCUCUACAGAUGCUGUAUUAUGAAACGUUCUGGCCGAGGACGGACUGGCGAUGAGUGGGUUAUGGUUUCGAUCAAGGUAUGUGGGAUUUUUUGGAAACCGGCCCCCUUUAUGCUGGCCCUGUCUCCUCAAGGGGAGGGAUCGGGAAGCAAACGCAACGCUCGGGGCCAUGGGAGAAGAACACAUGUAUCCUAUGGGCUUGGCGGCGAUGGCAGUGGAUGUGUAUACAUUCAUGCAUGCGUUCUCCGCCCAAAAAAUUGAAGAUGUUCACCUCU